GCAGUGUCCACGCAUGUCCAUAACCACAACCGACCCACCCGCAGACCUCAGCGACACUGAGAGCCCCUCGCACGAGGCGGCCAAAAAGGAGCGACGUAGGGGUCAAAACCGACGGAACCAACGCGCCUGGCGUAAGCAGCCUACGGGCCUGACAUUCCCCGGAUUCGACGCCAGAUCGACAAUCUCGCGGCGGACCACGCCCUGCCGGACCGCGCACCAGAGCUAUCGCGGAAACCCGCAGGCCGAUCACCUCCUGACGGUCGCCAAACUGAAUGUCUUCCGGGCCUUUGUCCGGAACAUCACCGUGCUGGGCUACACCCGGGAAUGGAUGACCGAUGAUGCCCUGUCCCGGUUCAGUAUCCAUGGACCGCACCCGACGAAUCCAGUCGGGACGAGUCUCCCCUCCAGUUUACGUCCGACGGAGAUGCAACGAAGUGAGCUGCAUCAUCCGUGGUUGGACUUUUUCCCAUUCGCGCGGCUACGCGAUAAUCUGAUUCGGUAUCAGGAUUGUAUGGAUGAGAGCCGGUUCUGUCAAGAUCUGAUGGGGUUUUGGACGAUGCCGACGGAGGAGAAUUGUGUGCUGGUGUGGGGGAAUCCGUGGGAUCCGAUGAAUUGGGAGAUUACGGAGGCGUUUUUGCGCAAGUGGGGGGGUUUGGUGAAGGGGUGUCCGGAGAUUCUGUGGUCGACGAAUUAUUGGCGACGGUUGAGGGGGGAGAAGCGGUUGGUGUGGAGGGCGUCGUUUGAUACGGUACAGUGA